GGCCGGACUUCCUGCUCUAUCAGUGCCCUAGCAGUUCGGGUUCCGCCCCCGCCAGGAGCUGGGCCGGAAGAUGGCGGCGGCAGCGGAGCUGAAGCUGCUGGAGAAGUCUCUGGGACUGAGGCCGGGGAAUAAGUACAGCGCUCAGGGCGAGCGACAGGUUCCAGUUCUGCAAACAAACAGUGGUCCCAGUCUAAUGGGAUUGGCUACCAUCGCGACCCAUCUAGUCAAGCUAGCCAAUAAAGAACACUUGCUGGGGAGCACCCCAGAAGAGAAGGCAAUCGUUCAGCAGUGGUUAGAGUACAGGGUCACCCGAGUGGAUGGACACUCCAGCAAAGAAGACACCCACACUCUGCUGAAGGAUCUUAAUUCCUACCUUGAAGACAAAGUCUACCUUGCAGGAUUUAACUUUACCUUGGCAGAUAUCCUUCUGUACUACGGGCUCCAUCGCUUUAUAGUUGACCUGACGGUUCAGGAAAAGGAGAGCUAUCUGAAUGUGUCCCGCUGGUUCUGUCACAUUCAGCACUACCCCGACAUCAGGCAACAUCUGUCCAGUGUUGUCUUCAUCAAGAACAGACUGUAUGCUAACUCCCACUAGGAGCCCCUGCUGUGCAGCAGCAAGAUUGGACAUGUAAUGGAAAAUGUAUUUUGGACCAUGGUACUAACGUAAAUUAACAUGACGUCGUUUCUUUGUUAAUGUUGGUAGAAGUUUUAAAGUGUAAUUUUGUCUGAAUGUUUUAUUUGUCCCUUAGUUGAAGCUUUGCAAUUUUUUAAUGUAAAAAUUCAACUCUUAUUCAAACAAAUCACGAUUGGAUUACAAAUUAUCUUGUAUUUAUAGGUUAAAUUUAUUAAUAAAAUUUGGAGAUCAGUGGCUCAAUCUUAAAAAAAAAAAGUUACCCUGUCAGUGUUUCACAUCUGGCUUUUUCAUGUUUUUAAAAUUCAUUUUCUUCUUAGAUAUUUAUAGUAGUUUAUUAAAACUUAUGAUAAAUUAUGCUAAAGAUUCAGAAAGGGAAGAGGGAUAUUUGUUCUCAAAAUAUUUAUGUGAGCUAGUAAAUGUGAAUUUAAAAAUCA